UCCAGAGUGUACUGAGAGUGGCUGCUUGCUCUGUUCAGAGGCCCAGGUCUACUGCAGCGUACGGCCACUGAUCCACUGGUAAUAUCUUGUUGACAAUGAGAGGAAAUUUAGAGAAGAUUUUCUGAUUUAUUUGAGAAGGGUUCCAGGCAGAGAAUUUGACUAAUAGAAAGCUGGAGAAGUCUGGGACACUGUGCAGAUUUUGUCCAAAAUAAAGUCAUGCUGUUUCAAGUGCUGAAAAGUGGGUUUUAGGUUAGAAAGUUGACAUGUCAUACUUGAGAGAGAAGAAGGAAGCAGCACAAAGCACCCCUGAAAUUGCCUCUUGAGGAGAAUCAGCAGUUCUGUUCUGUACCCUUUCAACUAUCCAGCCUGAAGUUCCCACUUCUGAUGGCAUUUGUCAGCAUGCGAUGAUACUGUGGACACGUGCAUGGAAAGUCAAAGUUGGCAGGAGAGUAGGCAAGUAAACAGGUUCCCCAUUUCCUGGAGUGUUUGGAGAGCAAUGAGCAUAGAGGACUGGACUGCAGAGACAUGAGGAAUGCUUCGGAUCCCUAUGAUGAAGAGGAGGAUGACGACAAUCUGUCCUCUGAGCGUCAGAUCGUGGUGGGGAUAUGCUCCAUGAUGAAAAAAUCCAACUCCAAGCCCAUGACCCAAAUCAUGGAGCGACUGUGUAAGUUUGAGUACAUCACUGUCGUCAUCUUCCCAGAGGAUGUUAUACUCAAUGAACCCGUGGAGAAGUGGCCCCUGUGUGACUGUCUCAUCUCUUUCCACUCCAAAGGAUUUCCCCUGGACAAAGCUGUGAGUUAUGCCAAAUUAAGGAACCCCCUUCUUAUCAAUGACCUCCAUAUGCAGUAUUUCAUUCAGGACAGGAGAGAAGUGUAUCGUAUUCUGCAAGAGGAGGGCAUCGACCUGCCACGCUACGCUGUGUUGAACCGGGACCCUGACAGACCCAAGGAAUGUAACCUGGUGGAGGGAGAAGACCAUGUUGAAGUGAAUGGGGAAGUCUUUCAUAAGCCUUUUGUGGAGAAGCCUGUAUCUGCAGAGGACCACAAUGUGUACAUCUACUACCCGACCCCGGCAGGAGGGGGCAGCCAGCGACUCUUCCGGAAGAUUGGGAGCCGCAGCAGUGUGUACUCUCCCGAGAGCGCAGUUCGCAAAACUGGUUCUUAUAUUUAUGAGGAAUUCAUGCCUACAGAUGGUACAGAUGUGAAGGUGUACACAGUAGGACCUGACUAUGCCCACGCAGAAGCCCGAAAGUCCCCAGCACUGGAUGGAAAGGUGGAGCGAGACAGCGAGGGCAAAGAGAUCCGCUACCCAGUCAUGCUCACAGCCAUGGAGAAACUAGUGGCCCGAAAAGUGUGUCUGGCAUUCAAGCAAACGGUAUGCGGUUUUGACCUGCUCAGAGCAAAUGGACACUCCUUUGUCUGUGAUGUAAAUGGCUUUAGCUUUGUAAAGAACUCCAUGAAAUACUAUGACGACUGUGCCAAAGUCCUGGGGAACAUGGUAAUGCGGGAGCUGGCUCCUCAGUUGCACAUCCCUUGGUCCAUCCCCAUGGAAGCAGAGGACAUCCCUAUAGUCCCUACGACCUCAGGAACCAUGAUGGAGCUCCGCUGCGUGAUUGCAGUUAUUCGACAUGGAGACCGCACGCCCAAACAGAAGAUGAAGAUGGAAGUGCGGAAUGCCCUGUUCUUCGAUCUGUUUGAGAAGUAUGGUGGUUACAAGAGUGGUAAGCUGAAGCUGAAGAAGCCAAAACAGUUGCAGGAGGUGCUGGAUAUUGCUCGUCAGCUCCUAUCCGAAUUGGGUCAGCACAAUGACUGCGAGAUCGAGGAGAAGAAAUCCAAACUGGAACAGCUGAAGACUGUACUGGAGAUGGAAUCCAGCCUGAACGAUAAUCAGUAUGGCCAUUUCUCUGGGAUUAACCGGAAGGUGCAGCUGACCUAUCUACCCAACGGCCAACUGAAGGCAUCGAGCGAAGAAGAAGACACUCUGAUGAGUGGUCCUUCCCUGCUGCUGGUGCUGAAGUGGGGAGGGGAGCUGACCCCCGCCGGCCGUGUUCAGGCAGAGGAGCUGGGCAGGGCUUUCCGCUGCAUGUACCCGGGAGGGCAAGGUGACUACGCAGGCUUCCCUGGCUGUGGCCUUCUGCGUUUACACAGCACCUACCGCCAUGACCUCAAGAUCUAUGCCUCAGAUGAGGGACGCGUGCAGAUGACUGCUGCAGCCUUUGCAAAGGGCUUGCUGGCACUGGAGGGUGAGCUCACCCCCAUCCUGGUGCAGAUGGUGAAGAGCGCCAACAUGAAUGGCCUGUUGGACAGUGACAGCGACUCGCUCACCGACUGCCAGCAGCGUGUCAAAGCUCGUCUGCACGACAUUAUGCAGAAGGACCAGGACUUCACGGAGGAAGACUACCAGAAGCUGGCUCCGACUAGCAGCCCCUCCUUGCUAAACUCCAUGAAGAUCAUCCAGAAUCCUGUCAGGACAUGUGACAAGGUCUACGCUCUCAUCCAAAGCCUCACCCGUCAGAUCCGCAGCCGGCUGGAGGACCCCAAAUCCGCGAGCCUGCAGUUGUACCACAGCGAGACCCUAGAGCUGAUGUUACAACGCUGGUCCAAGCUGGAGAGGGACUUCCGCAUGAAGAAUGGCCGCUACGACAUCAGCAAAAUCCCAGACAUCUACGACUGCAUCAAGUACGACACGCAGCACAACAGCUCGCUGGGUCUGGAGGACACGCUGGAGCUCUUCCGGCUGUCGCGGGCACUUGCCGACAUCAUCAUUCCUCAGGAGUAUGGGAUUAGUAAACUGGAGAAGCUGGACAUUGCCAGUGCAUACUGCCUGCCACUGUUUAGGAAGAUCCAGCUGGACCUGCAGAGGACUCAUGAGGAUGAGGCUGUCAACAAGCUCCACCCACUGUGGUUCAGGUACUCGCGUGGCGUGAUGUCUCCGGGUCGCCACGUGCGUACCCGGCUUUACUUCACCAGUGAGAGCCACGUGCACUCCCUGCUCAGCAUCUUCCGCUACGGAGGCCUUCUCAAUGAGGGGAAGGAUGAACAGUGGAAGCAGGCCAUGGACUAUCUUAGUGCUGUAACUGAACUCAACUACAUGACUCAGAUAGUCAUUAUGCUGUAUGAAGACAACAAUAAGGAUCCAUCUUCAGAAGAGCGCUUUCAUGUAGAGCUGCACUUCAGUCCGGGGGUCAAGGUCUGCCCAGAUGAGGAGAAUGCACCAAUGGGCUUUGGGUUCCGCCCUGCCUCUGCUAAGAGUCAAGAGGACCUGGGCAGUCUGGAGGAUUUGUCUAAGGAUGAGCCUGAUCACACUGCACUCACGGAGCCCCUGAGCAUCCACAGGAAGUCGCCAUUGCUUGCCAACCGCAAGGCUGGCUCCAUGGAGGUCCUCUCUGAGUGCAGCACUUCCUUCAGUGGAGCCAUCUAUCGUAUAUUCCCCUCAUGUUCCCGCCAGUCCCCUGAGGUGAAGUCCAGUGGCCUGGGAUCCCUGCACACGGGCCUCUUCAGUGCCUCCUUCCGAGGGGUGUCCUCCAGUGCCCCUAACCUACGAGAGCUAGCCAGAGCCCAGCGCAAAAAGGCCACCUCCCCCAGGAGGCAGUCUAGUAGGCACGAGUUGCUCUCAAUGCCGGCUAUAAAGAGGUUUUCUGUGUCAUAUGCCAGGCAUCCAACUAAUGAAUCUACAGAGGAGCAGCAGCAGGUAGCUGAAUUGCUGGGUGGGCUCUUGGCUGACCCUGUGUUGUCUCAGCACCUCCACCGCUGCUCCUACCACCUCCGCCUGUUCACCAGCUGGCUGUGCUCCCAGCCGGAGCCGCGCGACUGUUUCUCCGGUUUCGAAGGCUGCUCGAUGGUGCCCUCUAUCUACCCAUUGGAGACACUGCACAACUCCCUCUCCCUGAAACAAGUGGAUGAGUUCCUCAGCAAAGUGUGUGAAAGCAGGAAUGAGACCCUCACCAAAACAAUGAAGUGUUUCUCAGCUAUGUUUGACUCCCAGUUCCAACCUUCUAUGCAGCCUGAGAGUCUGGAAAGAGCCCACUCUUCUGUAGCUCCUGCACAGCCAGCCCAGCCUGUCUGGUCAAUCCUACUAGUGCUGCAUCCAGUUCAGGACCUUCAUCAAUCUCCAUGGUGGAGCCUCCAUCAGCCUUCAACUUCAGCAGCGAGUAGACCUCACGCUGCACCUCAGUCUGCCUAUCCUGAUCUGAGAUCAGCUUCAGCAGCAAGCUGCACUCAUCUCCUCUCAGCAAACCUAUCCCGAUCCAGGAUCCUCUCUCUCUCUCUCUCUCGGAGCAGUACAGGGGGCAGAAGGUAAACCUAGAUCAGCAAGCAGCUUCUUCCUGAAGUCCACACAGGGGCUGCUGGUCUGCUCACCUUUGCAUUUGGUGUAUUUCAUUUAGUAAUGUGAAGCUGCUUUGCCUUCAGAGAAAGAGCAUUACUUGGGCUGUCUGGUAACAGAUAGAGACUACUGAAUCCAUUAAUUAGCUGCACUUCCAUACCUCUGUGUUCUGAGCGAGUGAGAUCUUAAUUAUAGUCCACACUAAGCAGUGUGAAGAUGAAGAGACUGGAAUACACACUGGUAAUUGUCCCUUCUCACAGCUGAUUGCAGCUGUCGGCCUCUUCUUGCAGCAGUGCAAUUUCAUUGGACGAUGACAUCACUCCAUGCUCAGCAGCAGCUAAAAGAUGCAGGCAGACCAAUCAGCAUGCAGUUUUGUUUAUCUUGAGGAAGCUGAGUGGACAUGUCUCCCCCGCACCUACAGCUGAGUCAUGGUGCCAGUAAAUACACAAAUACGUGAAAACAGUUAUACUGCAGCCAGUCGACCAAGCACAGAUUUUUAAUAACUUCUUUGAUAUUUUCUGAGGUUAAUGUUUUAAUGUUGGGCAUUCUCUUUUAAGACUAAAAUAUAUAUAAUGCGAAUCAUUUAAAUGAUAGAUGAUGAUGAUGAUGAUGAUUUGAGUGAAACAGAAUGAUUUGUAUGGCCUAAUAAUAACAGUAUCGGGCAGUGUACUUCUGCUAGCAACUGUGCCUUAGCCUUAUCGUGUAUUACAAGUUUGUUUUGCCUUUUUUUUUUUUUUUUUUUUUUUUUUUUUUACUGAACUUUCCAGCCAGCCAGACCUGUACCUCUUCUGUGAAUACCUAGGUACUCUGGUAAUGUCUGUAAGGGCUAAGUGAGAGUGUAAGGGCUAAAAGGGCUGCUGUUCUUGUCAGAGUGUUACUUGUGAAAUUUAAUUGAAUUUAUUUAAUUUUGAGAUCUAGGUAAAUACAUAUAUAAAUGUAUUACAUUAAUAAAAUAAUGGGUGUAAAGAUCAGUGGAUUUUUUAAUAUAAGUUAUGAUGCAUAAUCAGCUUGAGAGAUUCUGAGUUUUGUUCAGUCAUUAUAAGGAAUGAUGGGGAAACAACAGUAUAUUAUAAGAUUCUGGAAAAUAAUUCUAAAAUAAUGUUAGAACUAACAUGGACAUUACCAUUCUUUCCAACUGAAUUUUGCAGUUUUGAAGCUGCAUUUAGAGGCUUAACGUUUAAUUCAGGACAUUGAAAUCCACUAAUGAUGACUCAUGCUUUGCCCUCUGCUGUGCUGCGUUGCUAUGGUAACAGAUUCUGAAUGCCAUUGACUUCUGCUAUGAAAACCUGGCUGAACUAGUGACUGUGCAGUACAGGAGAAAGAAAGGGGGAGAUUGAGACAAUGGGACAAAGAGUGAGUUUAUUCUGAAUAAGUCACAUCCAGACUUCACAGGAAGCCAAAUGGUGAUGUAAUUUCUACCACAUUCCUGGUUUUCAUUCAGUGAGGGGUAGGAAGGAGUUUCCCACAGGCAUUUGAUAUGUCUGCAUUGUGGGCCAAAUGAGGAAAAAGUGCAUUACCUCCCUUUCAUCCAAAUGGUAAUCAGUUCUGCAACAUUUGAUUUGUUUAUGAUGGAGACUUUGCUAAUAUCCGAUUAUGUACUUCUCUCUAGAUAGUCUUGUCUCUUUUUUUCUUAGCCAUUUUCUAUCAAAAAUAUCUAUCUCCAGUUAGAUACCUGGCCCACAGAACUCUAAUAGUUUAUCUUGUAGUGUAUGUUGUCAUAGCAACUGCUUUUAGGAGAGCAGUAAGUGGUUGAGGCUGUGAGAGCUGGCAAAGUUUGUCAUGGUUACCUAAACAGCAGGCUAAUUGCCAGGCUGUGACUUUCUCUAGUGUUGGCUGGAUCUGGAAACCUUGUCAGACCUGUUUGCCUGCUCAGUUGACACGAGCUCUACAGAGCUGGAAUCACAGAACAGUCCCAGUCAGCGUUGUACUGACUGCUUCAUGUUAUUUCCUAUGUGCUUACGCUUAACCUGAAAAGGCAGCAUUAUAUCUAGCCAAAAGUGUCUGACUAAUGUGAGAUCAUAAAAAAGACAAUUUCAGAGUUUUGGCAUGAAGAAUUUUUUUAAUUGAUGAUCACCAGGAUGGUUCCUUUUUUACAAUAAAUCAGCAGAAAUCUAUUUUUUCAUUUAGAGUUGAAAGAGAUUGUAUGGAAUAUUGCACUAAAGAAGAACAGAACCAAGAUUCAUACAGCGGCAAAAAACAGGAACUAUCACAGCGUCUUCUCAACAACAUCUUAGGGCAAACAGAAGCAAAGCCCAGUAAUAUGCAUAUUUCAGUACUAUUAAGACAGUUAGCUUGAUCAAAUAUACCUUUUAUAAAUUGGUAUUUUUGUUUAAUUUCAGUUAUUAAAUGAGUACAUUCAGGAUUAUAACUAAUAAGAUCACAUGCAGAAAAUGAUGCAUUGGCAUGAGAUAUGAGCCAAUGAGUCCAUUCCUUUUUGAGAAUGGGUUUUAGAAGGAUGAAACUGAACUGAUCUUACCAUUGAAGUCUUUUUGUUUGUUGAUAAGUACUGAAUUACACCAAUGCUAGAAUGACGCAAAAUGAAAACAAUCCACAAGAAUAAGUUUGUCAGCUUGUCUGAUUGGUAUGUACAAGUCUAUGUAAGUAGAGGAGUUGUGCAUCAUUCUUUUUUAUUUCUUCUUUCACAUUUCAAGUCAUUUUCAGGAGAAAACCCUACAAGUGUACUUUGUACUGGAUUCAGUGUUAUGAGUGAGGGAAAGCCCUCUGCAAGCCAUUUCUGAGUUGUCUUGAGAGGAAACUCAGUUGUUGAGAGUAAUGUAUUCUUUAAAAUUGGAAUCAGCAACUGCUGAUAUACAGCAAUGAGUCUAGAGUAAUGUUUUGACACACGGCACUCAUCUA